CACUAGGGGGCCAAAAGCUGCAGGACUAGCUAACAUCUGAUACACAAGCGAAUAAGUCACCUGAACUAAGACUCACAUUUUACUAAACAUUUACUCUAAUCAUACACCCAGCAUUACUGAAAUACAACAUGUCAUUUCUUUGGGUUCGUGUUUGCUUUUCCUGACGACUAUGACAGCAGCGUGCUGAUGGCAGUCAUGACAGUCAUGGGGUCAGUCAGUUCCUGCAGUCAGUUCCUCUCUCAACAUCCACUGCAUGCUCAUGAAUCAUUAUUUGUACGUGGAUUCAAGCUCCUGCGUCAUUGGACUCUGUGGAUGUUCCUAAUUAGAGAGAGUUCCCCUUCAGAGUCCACCGGCUGCCAGAAGUUCGAAGUGGCUGCAGCUCCAUCGCUUCAACAACAGCAUCUAACUGGAAAACUGAGCUGCAGGUGAACAGGUGCAAAGUUGCCGCCGCCCCAUGAGGAUUCUGCUGAACCUGCCUGAGUGAGUCUGCGAGUGACUUAUGAGAAGCUUCGUCUCAAAUGCAGCAUAAAAAGGUCCGAGGCUGAUUCAGUGAUUUUACCCAUGUCUCAUUGAUCCGGAGACAGACAGACACGCACACACACACACACACACACACACACACACACACACACACACACACACACACACACACACACACACACACACACACACACACACACACACACUUUGUUAUUGCUUCUCUCUCUCUCCCUCUCUCUCUCUCUCACUCACACACACACAGUCUAAGGUCUUUACAGCUUAUUUCUACAGUCUCUCUGAAAGGAAGCAUAUCUGCAGGGAGCAGAGGCCAGGGCACACACACCCAUACACUCACAAUCCCAAGUUCCUGAAGAAGCGCUGUCUCAGCAAGGGACUACUGUUUACAUUUACACACACACAUACAGCAUCUUGGGAUUUCAGCGCAGCAAGGUGGUGUGAACAGGAGCAUUUAAUGUGUUACUGCUCACUCAGUACGCUCCUUUCUCUGGUACUGUCCAAUUCACAUACAUCUAACUCAGCAUCGUCGGUCUCGUUACUCUCUUCUCGCUGCAGUGAAAAAAGCGCCUGCUUCAAGAAAUUACGCAAAUAUUUAUUCUUCAAAUUCUGCAAAUAGGACCAGGUUAAAUGUAGGUCGAGUAAAAUUUUCCUGCUCAAUACUGUGAAAUGUGAUGAUUCGUUGUCAGGUUUAAAGAUACUACGGAAGUUUUUCACUGGCCGCAAAUAUAUGUACACCAAGAUCCUACUUAAUCAGUUUAAAUUUGCAGGACUAAAGGGUUGUAGAGAAAACGGAUCACAGGUUUCCUGGAUUUUUUUCAAAAAGUUCCUUCAAUAACGUUUAGAAAAAUAGAAAUACAUUUGUCUUGCGUCCAGAUGAAGGACGGAGGUGAUAUUCACACACAUUCAGUUUAACUAUGUAAGGAUAGUGAUGAAGGCACAUUCGCUUUGCAGCCGCCGCCGCUUUUUUGCACCAAUAUGCAUCCUGUGUUCAUUGUUCUUCCCCCCCUAUCUGUAAAUUGUGAAACCAAAAAGAAGGCCCCGCGUCAGCAGUGCUGGGACGCACACGGGCAAGAGCAGGCGGCCCCUGCAGUGGAGGAGAGGUGAAGCCGGAGGAUCCUGAGAGGUGCAGAGAGGAGGAAGCCACCAGGAGAGAGAGAUUGGCACGCACCGCCUGGCAUUUAAACAGAGGAUUUCCUCCCUCGGCCCUCCACUCUGUGUGUUUACACAAGCCGUGACUACUUCACAUAGCUUGAAUGGACAUCUGAGCGUAUGUGUGUGUGUGUGUGCGUGCACGUGUGUGCGGCGCAUACUGUAACACAUACGUGCAGACACACACUGGGGCUUCGCGUGUUUACUGGAAGUGUGACUCAGUGGUUUGAGCCGUUUCAAAGAAAAAUCUUUCUAUGAUUUCUUUGCUUUUUUUUUACAAUUUUUCAAAUUUAGGAUUUAAUGUUGACACAGAGAUGAACUUGCAUAGAUGUUUUUGAGCCUCUAAACAGUAUCCGAGCAUUAUCGUCCUCCGCUGUGGUGUCAGCAGACCGCCUUCCUGUGACACUUUAGCCAAAAGGUGAUGGAUGGCCACCUCGUUGCUCCCUCUGAGGGAGUUUCAUACUUAAGACACUAUCAUAGUCAGCAGGUCUGAGAGAAAGCAUAAUAUUAUCUUACCUCAGGUAUUCUUAUGCUUUUAGCUUUGUGUUCAUUUCCCCUCCUUCCUUUGCCUGCUCCUAUCUUGCAUCAGCUGCCGAUGUUGUUUGCAGUGUCCUGUAAGACAGUGGGGGGUGCAUGUUGUAGUGACUAAGUCUAGUUAAAAGUGCUUUUUUCAGUUUCAACUGUCCCCGGUGCUACUGUGAAAUGAGUCAUUACACUAAUUCCUGCUGUUAAAGGCCUAAAUUGACUUAGUUAAGUAUGAGUUAAUAAAAUUGUACUUGGCAGUAAUCAGAUGAAGCACAGCUGCUGAGUGCGUUGAUGAAGUUAGAGUCUUUCCAAGCACCUUUCAAUUAGAAGACGGAGUUGGCCUUUAAAAUUACUGUUAGGUUGUGUGUGUGUGUGUGUGUGUGUGUGUGUGUGUGUGUGUGUGUGUGUGUGUGUGUGUGUGUGUGUGUGUGUGUGUGUGUGUGGUCAGUCAGAAUGCUGGUGAGGUGGAUUCACAGAUGCACUGAUCAAUAGGUGCUUUAAAUAGGGACACAAAGACCUGCACACAGCAUUAAUCUCAAUAACUGAGUCCUAUUUAAGAAGGAGGCGUUUUGCUGAAUAGCUUGGCUGGAUGGAGCCACACAGGCCCAGUGAAUUACCUGGAACGGCCCAAACACCACUCAGCGCCUCCACCUGGCGUGAGAGCAGCUUCCAGGGAGGAAUGCUCAUACUGUACAUGCUGACUCCUCCAGGUCGGCGUCCAGCCACCAGACCUGCAAACAUACUAAGAAUAUGAAGACGAUAACAAGGAGCCAAGCUUCACACACAUCAUGCAUCAUGUCGCAGCCCUUCCCAACAUUGCUCGACCCCUUUCGGGCCACUUCUGACCGAUGCUGGCCUGAACCUUGCAGAUAUCCCCCCGCUUCUGAGUGAUGACGGGCUCAGGCUGUUGCGUGAGCGCGUGCGCUGCCUCCAGGGGAUUUGCGGCCGUGCCCCGAGGCCGCUACUGGACAGCUUGCGGCUGGAUUGAUAGAGUGACGUCAGCAAGCCGCUACCUCUCCCGGAGGGCAGGAUUAGACUCGAGCCGCAGAGACAACGCUCCGGUAAUCUCCCGGCAAUAAAUGGGAGGGGCGCGUCCGGAACCGCCGGUACCGAGCGACAACGGAGGACUCCCCGCCGCCCGCCGCCCCCCGGGACGCGUGACAAGAUCCCGUGGAUUGUGAGGCGCGAUGGGCGGCUUCGCGGCGCCGCGGCAGACCCACGCUCCCCGGGCAGGUGAACGCGUAGCAGCUCUACCUGCGGAGCCACGGCGGAGGACGGUGACUGACCGGCGCCAGGACGCGCGCACCGACACCUCAGUGUUCUCGUACUAUGGAUGAGAGCCGGCCCCGGUAACUUCGAGCGGCCGGCGCGCGGGUUCCACGGCGGAGACCGAACCUCACAAUGACCUGUUAAAUUCCUGCCGCCGACGCUUUGUGCGGGGAGUGGAUCGACCGUCUCCAAACGGCAGCGGAGUCGAGCGGAGGCCUUGAACCGUUGAAUCCAGCGUUCGGAUGGACCGAGUUCCCUCGGCACUGGCCGCAAAGAUGCGCUGGAUCACAUUGGUGCUGGCCGGCUUGACUUUCUGGGGCAAAGUGACUAUUUGCAACUGCUUCGACUACGAAGAGCCCGAUUAUGGUUAUUACGAAGAAGAGAAAGUGGAGAACAUUGAUUACAAAGACCCGUGCAAAGCCGCUGCGUUCUGGGGCGACAUCGCUUUAGACGAGGACGACCUGCGGAUGUUCCAGAUCGACAGGACGAUAGACCUGACGCAGCACACGCACACGCACGCACGCUCCCGUCAGGGCCACACGUCUGGUGGCCUGGAGGAACAUGAAAUCGCAAAAAAGAGAGGAUCUUUAUACCUGCUGCUGGAAAGAAUACGAAGAUAUGGUUUGGACUUUCUCCCUAAGAAUGUGAGCAGGGGCGCCGCCAAUCCCAAGAGGCAAACUGGGAAAGGUGGGAGGACUGGGAGCCCGGUGAAGAGGCGCGUCCGCCGAGCGGCCACAUCCCGCGCCGAUAGGAUCUGGCCCGGAGGAGUCAUCCCCUACGUCAUAGGGGGAAACUUCACCGGCAGUCAGAGGGCCAUGUUCAAGCAGGCCAUGCGUCACUGGGAGAAACAGACGUGCGUGACGUUUAUCGAGAAGACCGACGAGGAAAGCUACAUAGUGUUCACCUUCAGACCCUGCGGGUGUUGUUCCUAUGUGGGUCGCCGCGGCAACGGGCCCCAGGCAAUUUCCAUAGGCAAGAAUUGCGACAAGUUUGGCAUCGUGGUGCACGAACUGGGCCAUGUCAUUGGCUUCUGGCAUGAGCACACGCGGCCCGACCGUGACGACCACGUGACCAUCAUCCGGGACAACAUCCAACCAGGCCAGGAGUAUAACUUCUUCAAGAUGGAGCCCGGGGAGGUCAACUCUCUUGGGGAGCCGUAUGAUUUCGAUAGCAUCAUGCACUACGCCAGGAACACCUUCUCCCGAGGAAUGUUUCUCGACACCAUCCUUCCAUCCAAAGAUGAGAGCGGCAUCCGGCCUGCGAUCGGCCAGAGGACCAGGCUCAGUAAAGGAGACAUUGCCCAGGCGCGGAAGCUGUACAGAUGCCCAGCGUGUGGGGAGACCCUCCAAGAGUCGACGGGCAACUUUUCGUCUCCAGGUUAUCCCAACGGGUACCCGUCGUACACGCACUGCGUCUGGAGAAUAUCUGUUACGCCCGGAGAGAAGAUCGUCCUCAACUUCACCACCAUGGAUCUGUACAAGAGCAGUCUGUGCUGGUACGACUACAUCGAGGUUCGAGACGGGUACUGGAGGAAAGCUCCUCUCCUCGGCAGAUUUUGUGGCGAUAAAGUUCCGGACGUCUUGAUUUCCACCGACAGCAGGAUGUGGAUUGAGUUCCGCAGCAGCAGCAACUGGGUCGGAAAAGGCUUUGCUGCUAUUUAUGAAGCGAUCUGUGGAGGGGAAAUCACCAAGGACGCGGGGCAGAUCCAGUCUCCCAACUACCCCGACGACUACAGACCCUCCAAAGAGUGCGUGUGGAGGAUCACUGUGUCUGAGGGCUACAACGUCGGGCUCAGCUUCCAGGCCUUUGAGAUCGAAAGGCACGACAGCUGUGCCUACGACUACCUGGAGGUCCGUGACGGCGCUCUGGAGACGAGUCCUCUCAUCGGCCGCUUCUGCGGCUACGAUAAACCCGAGGACGUGCGCUCCACGUCGCACACGCUCUGGAUGAAGUUCGUCUCCGACGGGACCGUCAACAAAGCUGGAUUCGCAGCUAACUUCUUCAAAGAGGAGGACGAGUGUGCCAAGCCGGACAAUGGUGGAUGUGAACAGAGGUGUGUAAACACUCUCGGCAGCUUCAAGUGCGCCUGUGACCCCGGCUAUGAACUGGCUCCUGACAAGAAGAGCUGUGAAGCGGCGUGCGGCGGCCUCCUCUCGAAGCUGAACGGAACCAUCAGCACCCCCGGCUGGCCCAAAGAGUACCCCCCCAACAAGAACUGUGUGUGGCAGGUGGUGGCUCCCACUCAGUACCGCAUCUCCAUGCAGUUCGAAGCCUUUGAGCUGGAGGGCAACGAGGUGUGUAAAUACGACUACGUGGAGGUCCGCAGCGGCCUCUCCUCCGACUCCAAGCUGCACGGCAAGUACUGCGGCACCGAGGUCCCCGAGGUCAUCACCUCCCAGUACAACAACAUGAGGAUUGAGUUCAAGUCCGACAACACCGUUUCCAAGAAAGGCUUCAAGGCUCACUUCUUCUCAGACAAAGAUGAGUGCAGCAAGGACAAUGGCGGCUGCCAGCACGAGUGCAUCAACACCGUGGGCUCGUAUGUGUGUCAGUGCCGCCACGGCUUUGUGCUGCAUGAGAACAAACACGACUGUAAGGAAGCCGAGUGUGAACAUAAGAUCCACAGCCCCAGCGGCUCCCUGAGCAGCCCCAACUGGCCCGACAAGUACCCCAGCCGCAAGGAGUGCACCUGGGACAUCACGGCCACGCCGGGACACCGAGUCAAGAUCACCUUCAGUGAGUUUGAGAUCGAGCAGCAUCAGGAGUGCGCGUACGACCAUCUGGAGGCGUUCGACGGGGACAGCGACACGGCGGCCAUCUUGGGUCGACUGUGUGGCAGUAAAAUCCCAGAGCCCCUGGUCUCCACCGGAAACAAGGUGUACCUGCGCUUCAUCUCCGACGCCUCAGUUCAAAGGAAGGGCUUCCAGGCGACACACUCAACAGAGUGCGGCGGCCGCCUGAAAGCGGACACUCGUCAGAAGAACCUCUACUCCCACUCCCAGUUCGGGGACAACAACUACCCGGGACACACGGACUGCGAGUGGCUGCUGACGGCGGAGCAGGGCUACGGCAUCGAGCUCAGCUUCACCACGUUCGAGGUCGAGGAGGAGGCCGACUGCGGCUACGACUACAUCGAGCUGUACAACGGGUACGACUCCAACUCGCAUCGGCUCGGCCGCUUCUGCGGGUCAGGGCCCAGGGAGGAGAUCUACUCAGCCGGACACACGAUGCUGAUCCGUUUCCAUACCGACGACACCAUCAGCAAGAAGGGCUUCCACAUCCGCUACAUGAGCACCAAGUUCCAGGAGAACUUUCACAGGAGGAAGUGACCUCGCUCGCAGCUGGUGACCUCUGACCUCUGUGCAGCCCCAUCACAGUUCCCCUGACCUUCACCAUGGCAACGACAGACAUAUGCGGACAGCCUCGGAGGAAGACAUUACGCAUGUGAACAUUUGUCUCCCCCCCGCUGCUCCACGCAGGUCCGUGCUCCGAGACGAGACCUGCAGAGGCGCGAUCCAAACUAGCUUCACCAAAUGUGGGAAUGUGCUGAUGGAGGAGACGGUUUUCAUGAGAGCACAUCGAGCUGCGCCCGCUGAAGUGUGGAAACAGGGCUGCAGGAACUCCACAUCACUCGACUGAGACACUCGCGGUUGCACAGAUGUAAACAGAGCAGAAACACACCGAAACACCAUAUUCAUAUCAAGAGUUACAAACUGUGGAUGCUAAAAUGACUACAAGGACAUGCAUCCAACAAGGGAUGAGAAGCUUUUUUGACUCCUGAUCCUUGACUUGUGCAACUUACUGUGAUCGGAUGGCUGCUUUUCACCCACACUAACUGAAAGGAGACCCUAAACAGACGUUUUUAUUGCCUUCCGUGUCUGGGAACCGGUCUCUUCAACCCAGCACAGAACAGCCACAGAUGAUUUUAUUUUAUGUCUUAAAUGUCUCAUGUUCUCGAAAACCCAUUGUGUUUACUGUGUGUGUGUGUAUGUGUGUGUGUGUGUGUGUGUGUGUGUGUGUGUGUGUGUGUGUGUGUGUGUGUGUGUGUGUGUGUAAACAAUUAAAAAGCUACAGUAAAGUCCAUCAUUUUGCCCUUUUUGCUCAAAGCUUAUGCAGACAACCACCAUCGAAUGGGAAAAAUGUGAGGAUUAUUCAAAAUAAUCUGUGAUGUAAAAUCUAAGCCUUUGUUGUGUGUGUGUGUGUGUGUGUGUGUGUGUGUGUGUGUGUGUGUGUGUGUGUGUGUGUGUGUGUUUAAAAUUGCAUCUUAUCACAAACUGAGCAACCUCCAUGUGGUGUUUCCAGUUUCUUCUUCACCCCCACUUUUUUUUGUUUGUAGUGGAUGUUUCAAGGGAAUAUUUUCCACAAUCGUCUCUCGGAGUGUGAUAAUUGUGCCCGAAGGAGAGAUUCCCAUGGUGCUAAAAUAAAAACACUGAAUGACUGAGGGUGUAGGUUUUGAGACGCCGAGAUGUGUGCAGUGGACACACUGUCUCAGCAGCACUAGUCCUGUGGACCUACUACAUUGCCUUAGAACCAAAUGUCUGCUACCUGGAGGUCGCUCCUAUGCUCUUGCACAGGUGUCAGUGGGGUGUUUGUGAGUUUUUGGCAGGAUAUUUAAUGUGUUUGGUGAUUGUAAAUGGUGAUAUUGUGGGGUAAAAAAACAAACAAACAUGGGAAAUGUAGUUUGUGCGUGAGAUUGUGAUUACAGUGCAUGUGUGUUUGUGUCCUUUUUGUAGCUGCUCUCAAAGACGCUUCCUCCUCCACCUGCUUCCUUCCAGCCGUAUGUGAGCAAACGCUUCUCCUCUGUAAAUGUGAGCGCAGACGACAAAGCGCUGCAUCGCUUCUGUUGAACAUGUCGCGUAAGUGUGUGUGUGUGUGUGUGUCUGUGUGAGCUGUAUGUUGUUGAGUUGGAUCUUUCAUUGCUGUAUGUGCCAAGCUACAGGUGACCCCCCCCCCAAGCCCCCACCCCGUCCUCCGUAGCUUUAGUUUCAUGAUUCCAUCUCUGAGUCGCUGACAUGACGUCCUCUGCAUCAGCCAUUAAAAUACACACAGGUCAACGCUGCACGUGUUUUUAUUGUUGCUGUAUUCUGUGUUUAAUUUAAACAUUUGAACCAUAGUGCCAAACAUGGAUGCACAAAUAAAAUGAUGACAUUUCCCUUUGUGAUAAUUAUCCAGUGAAAGUACAUGGUCUGUUCGGACAAGUGUGAUUAAAUGAAAAGAAUUCAGUUUCCCUGUGAUUUAGCAAAGUAUGGAAAAAUUCUCUGAACUAUAAAAUGUUUUAUUUGACCUUGAUUCCUCUUUGAAGUUGUUCAUAUUAGUGAUGGGGUCCUGGGAGUACCGCCUAAACAGUUUGUGUUAUUAUAAUAAAAAAAUACGUAUUAUAAUAUCUCUUGUGAAUUUAAAAAUACAUAAUUGGGGCUUAAAGUGAUAAAUAAAUUGUAAGUUAUAAAAAUAUCAAUAAAAGUACCAAGGUUCUAA